GCGUGAGCAGCAGGCGGAACGCGAGGCCACAUCCCAACCAUGUCCCCGAGCCGCUGAGAGAGGUGGCGGGAGGACGGGACCACCCGACCCACUGGCUCCCCGACCUCCAUGGGGCUGCCCCACGGAUGCUGAGCAGGAUGGAAGGGCUCUGCCUGCUCUUGACGGCUCUCUCCGCCACCGCGCCCGGACAAGGGACGGCGGUGGCACCCCGGAUUCACGAGGGCACCCCCGGCUUCGGCGUUCCCACCGCCCCCGCGGAGCCCACGGGACCUGCCAGCACCCCGGUGGGCGGCGUGGCUGGGAACACCUCGGUGACACCAGGUCCCGGCGCGUUGCGGCUGGCCGGCGGCCGGAGCCGGUGCGAGGGUCGGGUGGAGAUGGAGCAGGGGGGUUCCUGGGGCACGGUGUGCGACGACGCCUGGGACAUGGCCGACGCCGACGUGGUGUGCCGCCAGCUAGGCUGCGGCCGUGCCGUACGCGUCCACGCCGGCGCCGCCUUCGGCCGGGGUGGUGGCCCCAUCCUCCGGGACGAGGUGGGCUGCCAGGGCCACGAGGAGCAUCUCUGGGAAUGCCCGGCCAUGACGGAGCACGACUGUAGCCAUAAGGAAGACGCCGGCGUGGUGUGUUCAGAACACCAGGAAUGGCGGCUCUCGGGCGGUCGGGAUGGUUGCGCCGGUCGGGUGGAGGUUUUUUUCCGCGGCACGUGGAGCACGGUGUGCGACAGCACGUGGUACGACACGGAGGGCAGGGUGCUGUGCCGCACGCUGGGCUGCGGGGAGCCCCUCCGGAAACUCUUCUUCCACCACACGUUGCCCGGCAGGAUGGUCUACGAGUGCGAGAGCCUGCAGCCCUCGCUAGCCCACUGCCGCUGGGCUUACAAUAAAUCGGCUCCUUGCCACCAGUCCCGGGCGGUCGGCGUGGUCUGCAAUGGCUCCCAGGGCUUGCAGGCGCCGACCCCCGUGGCCACGGUGACGCCGAGCAACGUCACCCUCCUGAGCGCUGAGGAGGGCCCCCCGCCUGCGGGGGGACAGUCCCCCCUGCACGUGCUCCUCUUCAUCCUCUGCCUGGUCCUGGCGGCGCUGCUGCUGCUCACCGUGCUGGCCUUCACCGCCGCCCUGCUGAGGCUGAGGAAGAUGAGCGCCCACGCUGUGUCGUCCCCCGCGUUAGCCAGCGCGGUGCUGGUCAACCACAGCGCCCAGCGCCCCGACGCGCCCUCCGGGACCUCCAACGACUACAGGGAGAUGCCCCCCAGCCUGCCCAAAGGACCAGACCCGCUGGUCACAGCCCUCCCCACUGCCAAGGAUUUCGACUCCGAUUCCGACUACGAACACUACGACUUCAGCAGCAAGCCGCCCGUGGCUCUCUCCACCUUCCAUAACUCCCUGCGCCAACAUCCCAGGGACCCGUUACUCCCGCUGAUGCCCAGCCAGGACGGGAUGGAGCCGUUCCCUGCGGAGGUGCCAUCCCGCCGCAGGGCGAGCAGCUCUUCCACCUCCUCCUCUUCCUCCACCGAGCCCUACUGCAACGACAGCAUGGCCCCCCCGCAGGCCUGGGUCUGCCCGCCGCCCCCCACCCACGGCGCCCACCGGCACCCGGCACCCACCACCCACGGCUACACCGACUGCCCCGGCACAGCUCCCCCAGCAGCCCCCUGCGUGCCCGCCCCAGUGCUCUCCCACCCCUGGGUACCGUCUCCGGCAGCUCCCGAUCCCGCCGACAGCUCCAGCACCUCCUCGGGCGAGUGGUACGAGAACGAGCAGGGCCAGGAGCCGCCCGGGGACCCGUCCCCACGCCCCGGCUGGCCGGCUCCGUCCUGCCCCGGGGGGGGCCACACGCAAGACCCCGACUCCUCCGAGGGCAGCGAUUACGAUGACAUCCAGGGCUCUGCCUACUGAAGCUGCCCGAUGUCCACGGACGUGGCGGGGAGGGGGGACGACACCGAGGACUCGCCAUCCCGCUGCCGACCUCCCUUCUGGACUUUUCCAGCCAUCUCCUCCUUGCCGGGGGGUGGACACAGGUCCCGGUGGUACCCGGAGGAUGCUCGGCUCAGGCGAGCUGCGUGCUGCC